AUGGCCAAAGGCUUGAGAAACCACCUAUACAAAUGCUCCAGCAUUGCACAGAAGCCAACUCUGGUUGGUAUUUGGAAAAAGAAUGAGGAGAUGUAUUUCAUUAAAGAUGUUUGCCUGAGCAUGAUUGUGGACCAUUUGACAGUCACUGAUACUGAUAUCAAGAAUGAUUUCACUGCUGAUGUCCCUGAAGAUCACAAUGAACACAUAUGCAUUUGUGGAGAUGUAUACAAGCAUGUUCAAGGGCAAUACACUCAGCUACUUUGUUCUGUUUGUGGUGACCACUACCAGCAAAGGAUUUCAGCAACUUAUACAGAAGAUCUCAAAGGCAAGAGUCUUAUGACAUAUGAAUCCCACCAAGAAGAGACUAACAAGCCUAUUAGUCUUCCCUCCAUUUUUGUCACUAUGCUUCAGGAGGAGUCAAAACAAGAAAGUGAGAUUGCAAGAGAGAGAGAAGAGGCAGCAGCAAAAGAGUUGACAGAGAAGAUAGAUCUGAAAUGUGAUCCCAACAGCAUUGUGGAGGUGUCUUCUGGAGAGAUGACAUUAGAGUAA